GUCCUGGCGUUCGAGGCCUGAUCUGGGCGGGCGGACGGCAGCCGGAGUCAGCCCGUCGGGCCUCCCGCCCCCCGCGCAGCCGGCUUUUCCUUUGCUUUCGGCGCGCGUUGCCGGCGGGCGCGGGGGCGCGGGGGCGCGGGGGCGCGGGGGCGCGGGGGCGCGGGGGCGCGGGGGCGCGGGGGCGCGGGGGCGCGGGGCCCCGCCUCCGGGGUUUUCCCCGCGGCGGGAGGCGCGGUCCGCGCGGUCCCCGCAGUACCGACCGCGCUGUCGGUUCGGACGGUGCGUGCGCGGCAGGAGGGCGCCGCCAGCUCGCGCAGCCCCCCGACCCGGACUCGCGCCCACGGGACCAGGAGGAACUCUCUGGACGCCGCGCUCCGGUGCCGCCGGGUCCCCGACAUGAGGCGGCCCUGGGGACUCCGGUCCCUCGCUCUCCUCCUCCUGCUGGAGCUGCUGCCUCGGCCAGGCGAUGGCAACGAGGGCAGCGUCACUGGCAGCUGUUACUGCGUGACAGCAAUUUCUUCCGGCUCCCCUCCAAAGCGUCAGUUACUGGCACAUCUCCGAAAGCACCUGAAAGUCUAUCAUCGCUGUAACUCCUACAUCCGGUUCCAGCUACCUGCCCGGAGUGUGUGUGGGGGCAGCAGAGACCAAUGGGUUCAAGAACUGAUGAACUGCUUUGAUCUCAGAGAAUGUGGACAUGUGGACGCUGGGAGCGCGGCCUCCCGGCAGCACUCACCUCCCCCCAGCAGCCAGGUUCCUGAGCCCACAGAAACGGCACCUUUAGACCUGGGCUCCCCUGCCCAGACGCACCUGCCACCUGCCGUGUGGUCCACCCAGGCACCCACACUUCCAGGAGGAGUCCCGUCCUCGGAUGAAAAGCUCGCCCACAUCAUCAACGAAACUGCUACACCCACUGUGGGCCACGGGUUCGGGGCUGGGCCUGAGGCUGGGGAGAAGCAGAAGCAGUUGGAAGACAAUGUGGGACCUACAUCUGGGACAUCAGCUACGAUCCCUGUGGUAUCCCUCCUGGCCAUCACCCUCGCUCUCACCGUUGUCCUCUUGUACAUCCUGUGCCAGAGGAGGAGGGAGCAGUGCCGGCAGCACUCUCCAGAUCUACAGCUCCAUUACACACCUGUGGCAUCAGACUCCAACGCUUGAGCUAAGAAUGGAAAUCUCCGAGGGCAGCCAUUGUGAUUUAUUCAGCCCCCUGUGCAUUGAAUUGAUACAUUAGAAUGAUCUCUGGUGCCUGGUAGGCACUCCAGCUGUUUUCUGGUUAAUGUGCAAGUAACCAAGCACUGCCCUCUUGUGGACCCUUCCUAUUUUUUUCUACACAAUCCUGUAAAAUCCAUCUUCUAAUGUGAUCUCUUGGAUAAAGUCUUCAUGUAUGUUUUUAAUUACUAAAGAUUAUUUUUAUAA